AUGGCGAGAGGGGAGAUUGCUCCUGCGUCCACGACAAACUUGGUGCAUAUCUUUCGGCGCUUGCAAAUGCCGACGUUGCCAACAAGUUGUACCAGCGCAUGUCCGUCCAUGGAAGCAGCUGCUGAUCAACUGGCCACUGCCAUCACUGCUGCGAACAGUCAAACCUCAGAACAGGCGGCGCAGGAUCUCUUCGCCUUGCUUUGCGCCCACCGAGCUGCGUUUCAAUGCGCAGUGGAGAGUGGCACAGCAUGCGAAGUCAUCACAUCCACUGCAGUUGGUGACUUGCUGGGCUCUUUGGAUUGCUUUUGCACCGUUUGCACCGACUUUCCGCUGAUCUACAGCAGCCUCGAUGGGUUCACAGCACUGCUGCAGACUGGAAGUGAUACAGCCAUGACGGAUUUGUACACAUCAAUGUGUCCGCAGAUCACAUCCAUGAAGUGUGUCACCGAAAACUCGGAAUGUUCGAAGAUAGUGCAAGGGCAAAGCGGGCCGCUUUUCACCAACUUCACGCAGAUGGAAUCUACUUGCACCCAAGAAGGCUACUCCAUAGGAGGAACCAAAAGCGAUUUCGCGAAGCGCGCAUGCAGUGCUACACUGCCGCUGAUCCUGCUCCUACUGUACCUUCCAAAGUGA